GUUGGCGCUUUCCCUCUCCCGAUCUCCCCCACCGCGUCGGCUUCCCCUUCCCCCCUCUCCACCCAUCCUCGCCGGCGAGGCCACCGGCGGGGGGCCGUCCGUCCGGUCUCGCACCCCGGGCCCAUGGACGGCAUCGAGGGCCUCCUGGCCCGCGACUUCGGCGUGCGGCCGCAGGGCAAGGCCGCGCCCAUGGCCGGCGCCGCCUCCCGCCCCGCCGCCGGAUCCGGCGCCGCGUGGUCCAACCCCGGCAGAUCCGCCCCGGCAUCCUCCGCCGCCCCGUCCUACGACGACCUCUUCGGCACCCCCGCCCCCGCCCCCGCCCCGGCCUCCGCGUCCUCCUUCGACUCGCUCUUCGACUCGUUCAAGGGCCCCACCACCUCCUCCUCCUCGUCGGCGGCGAGGGCCAAGCCGGCGCCUUCCUCUGCCCCGGUCUUCGACGACGACAUCUUCGACGCGGUCCCCGGGCUGCGGCCCUCCAACUCCAAGUCCUCCUCCGCGCGGUACGACGACGGCGUGUUCGGGGCGGCGGCGGCGGCCCCGGCGUACGACGACGUGUUCGCGACCGGCACCCGCUCCGCCGCGCCGCCACCGCCCGCGUACGACGACGACGACUUCCUCGGGGGGUUCGGGAGCGCGCCGCGGGCCGAGGAGAAGAGGAGGCCGGUGGCGGUCGACGACGACCUGCUCGGGGGGUUCGGGAGGAAGCCGGUGGCUGCGGAGGAGGAGGGAAGCGGGGGCGCCGGGUUCGAUGAUCUGAUCCCGGGGUUCGCGGGGAGCAGCCCGCCCAGGAGCAGGAAGGCUAAUGAUGAUAACAAAAUGAAGCCACCAGUUCCAACUUCCAAACCGACAGCUAGCAUGGCAGAUGACCCAUUUGUUGUUCUUGAGACAGCUUCCGCUUCUGGUUCUGCAUAUACAUCCCCAGGAAGAUCCGCAGAUCCCUUGGAAGAUCUGGAUAAGCCUGCAAAUUCUGAAGGCAAGGCUGCUGAUAGUACUGCUCCUGAUGAUAGUUUAUUCGAGGAACCAGUUGCUUUUGACCAGGCCCCAAAAUCAGACCCUUUGUUCACCUCUGAAAUCAAUGGUCAUGCCAAGGACAGGAACCCACCAAGCGUAGCUCGAGAUUCCAGUCCCUUACACCAUUCAAUGGAUAGAAAUCCAGCACGUCAAUCUUCUAUAGAGGACCUCGGUAACAUCAUGCCUAAGUCACAGUCUGCAAGGUAUUCGGAUAUUCAUGGUAAUUAUACGGAGGAUCAGUCACCAAGAUCUACUGAAUCUGAAGAUGAUAUAUGGCUUACAGUUUCUGAGAUUCCCCUUUUCACACAACCAACUACUGCUCCGCCACCUUCCCGAUCACCACCUCUUCUUAAACAAAAGCCACAGGGAGCAAAUACAAAUGGAAAGGUGAAUGGGCAUGUUCGUCGGUCGAGCCAAAAUCACAACCAUCACACUGAUUUGCCAAAGCAACCAGAGGUUUCUUCAGUAGAUGACCUGGAAGGUUUUGCCAUGGGCAAACCUCCUGCUUAUGAUAAAACUGUUUUUGAUGAAGAUUUUGAAAGAAGUUCAUCAGAUCAUGAAGAGAGAGAUAGGCAAGAAAGGUUGGAACAAGAAAGGGAAAUGAAACUGAGGGAGGAAAUGGAGAGAGAACGGAGAAGACUUGAAAAGGAGAGAGAGCUGGAACAACAAAGAGAAAGAGAGAGAGGAAGACAAGCAGUGGAGAGGGCUACAAAAGAGGCACGGGAGAGAGCGGCGGCUGAAGCUCGUGCAGAAGCUGAAAGGGAGGCCCGACAGCGUGCACAGCGUGCUGCUGUUCAAAGGGCUCAACAGGAAGCCCGUGAGAGAGCUGCAGCUGCGGCAAAAGAAAGAGCAGCUAGGGUUGCAACUGAAGCCAAGGAGAGGGCUGCUGCUGAAGCAAAGGAGAGGGCUGCUGCUGAAGCCAAGGAGAGGGAGCGGGCUGCUGCUAGGGAGAGGGCUGCAGCAGAAAGAGCUGCUGCUGAGAGAGCUCAGCAAGAAGCAAGGAAGAGAGCUGAAAGAGCUGCAGUGGAAAGAGCUGCUGCUGAGGCUCGAGAAAGGCAGGCAGCAGCAGCUGCUGCUGCCGCAAGAGAAAAGCAGAGCACACCUGAUGAUCUUGAAUCAUUCUUCGGUGUGGAUGCUCGUGCCAGUAGUGCACCAAAGCAGAGGGCUCCAACCCCAACAGUGGAUUCUAUGUUUGGUUCUGGAGCUCAAGCUAGAGGAACUGCUAAUGGAUCACAGAGAGCAGCAUCAACCUCGGCAUCUGUGCGAAAAGCGCCGUCAGCCUCAAUUUUUGGGGAUGAUUUGUCUGACUUAUUUGGAGCCCCUGCAUCAUCUGAUGUAUUUCAAGAUGUUGAGGGGGAGAGUGAAGAAAGAAGGCGUGCUAGACUAGAACGUCACCAGAGGACCCGUGAGCGAGCGGCAAAAGCUCUGGCUGAGAAGAAUGAACGAGAUAUGCAGGUUCAGAGGGAGCAGGCUGAGAGAGAUAGAAUUGGAGACUCACUAGACUUUGAAAUUAAGAGGUGGUCUGCUGGAAAAGAGGGCAACUUGCGUGCUUUGUUAUCAACCUUACAAUAUAUACUUUGGCCAGAAUGUGGAUGGCAAGCUGUAUCCUUGACCGAUUUGAUUACUGGUGCUGCUGUUAAAAAGCAGUACAGAAAGGCGACCUUGUGCAUUCAUCCUGAUAAGGUGCAACAGAAGGGUGCAACUCUUCAGCAGAAAUAUAUUGCCGAGAAAGUCUUUGAUCUCCUUAAGGAGUCAUGGAACAAAUUCAAUUCCGAAGAGCUCUUUUGAAGCAAUCUCUGUGAAUAUAUAUAUGGUCAGCUUAACUGUAUACCGACACGAAGCACCGGAGUAGCAACACAGGCGAAUGAAUGAACGAAGUGAGAGCUCCACUAGAAUUGUCAUUGUUUAACAGAUUCUGUUCCAUUGCCCUCCCCUGGUCUUGCCCUCAUCUGUGUGUUCACUCCAUGGUACUAGUAAUGCCGCAGCUCUGUAUAUGUUCUGUUCAUUUGGGAGCUAAUGGCAUGCUUUUUUCUUCUUCCCUUCGGUCGGAUAGUUUUUACAUGGUGAUUUACCUCAUACAGCCAGGAUUACAUUGUACCCCUUGUCUUACUAUCUUGUGUACCAAUGGACCACAGAGAUUCGAACUACACUUGCUGCCUAGAUCGAGUUGGUUUCUACCGAAAGAGAUGUACACUGUACAGAUUGUACCAUUGUUGAUUUGAAAUGUGAUUUGGUUUACUCAAGUCCUGAAA